GCAAGUAGUAUAUAAAGAACAAAUAUUUCUCAUUAACCAAGUUCUUUUUGGGCAUUUUAAACUAAUAGACAUCCCGAAAUGAUACUUCUUUACGUCUUUUCAACUUUUGUACUUAGCGCCGUUGGACUUGAUUCCAACUUAUUUGAAAAUUCAGAUGCAGUAAUUGUAACAGUGACAGACAUUGUGACCAACGGUGAACCACGUGUAAGUCACGUGUUAUUACCAGAAAAGUUUCGAAUGACCAUUCACAAACAACAUAGCAAUGAAUCUAUCGUGCUGGAAAGGAAUACGAAUUUACAGUCGAAUGUACCGAUGGUUAUUGAGAGGCAUGGGAAAAUCAUUUAUCAAGAUUUAAAUGAUACUGAGAUUGUUGGAUUUUACCACUCCAUGGAUCCGUUUGCUUCAAUCAUGACCACUACAGAUAAAAACAGCGAACAUUCAUCACUGAAAUUGAUGGGAGAUGUGAAGUUACAUAACGAUACAUUUCGUCUUCAUUUCAAUCACGAAAGUCAGGGAUACACUUUGUCUAAGCUGAAAAUUAUGUUUAAUGAAAGAAAUAGUUUGAAAACAGUACUAGAUAGAGACUUUAUAAAAACAGAUAGGCACUUGGCUUCAGGAAACAGACAAGAAGAGUCAACAGAAAAUAUUUCAGCGGAAUUUCAAUCGUUUGUUAAUGAUGGAGAAAGAAUAAACAAGGCAUUGUAUGAGAUAGAAGUAAUGGCCGUCGCUGAUUAUUCAGAGUACAUGUUUUGGUUGAGUUCAGUUUCCAAGGCCUAUCCAGAACUGCCUUUUAUAUUCCGUGAUAGUAUUGCAAAACAGAGACUUAUACAAUAUACGGCAUUUGUGUUGAAUGGUGUUGAUCUAAGAUACCGAAGUAUUACAACACGGAACUACAAUAUAAGGAUAUUGCUGACUGCAGUGUACUGUGCCGAUACCAGAAUUUCCUCAUCUUGGACAGAACUUAGCAAAUACCAACACACAGACCCAGAUUAUAUAGAUAGCGACGCCGUCUUAUCUAAAUUCACGGACUGGUAUGAAACUUUCAAGGAGUUCCUUCCUGGUCACGAUCAUGCGAUGCUUUUCACCAAGUAUGAUAUAGCACAGACAAAAGACGGCAUUUUGGAUAAAGAUGUUGUAGGCGUCGCUAACCAAGGAGAUAUUUGCUUUCUUAAAAAGCAAUCUUUAAUUCAAGACACGUUUGGCGAGGACGUUGCACUGGCAGCGGCGCAUGAAAUUGGACACAAUCUUGGAGCCGAUCACGAUGGUAAGCUCGGAUUUUGCCUUGCUGAGGAAGAAUAUAUAAUGUCUCCAGUUAUCACACAUAGUAAACCACAACUACGGAAUCACUGGAAGUUCUCUGCCUGCUCGCAGUAUUAUUUCUUUAGGAAUAUCAACAAUCUCAACAAAUUAGGACUAAAUUGUAUGUCUUCAAGAGAGAACAAUGUUAACCUACUAUCACAAUAUACCAACAAACUGCCAGGACAAAUCUACAGUCCAGAUCAGCAAUGCGAAUAUAGAUAUGGAAAGGGCUCAUAUUUAUAUCGUUAUGGAUAUCAAGAAAACUAUACAAACAUUUGUUCGACAUUGAGAUGUACUGACCCGGUGAAGACAGGCUAUCAUUAUAUAACCGACACCAUGGAAGGAACAACUUGUGGAAAUGAAAAAAUCUGUCGGAGCGGAUAUUGUGUUGAAGAAGAAGGAUCAAAGACUGGCCUGAAAGAAAUUUGCCUCUUCGGAGAUGGUCCUGAAACAUAUCAUGGUUCGCACACGACAUGUUCAAGUAUUUUGGAAGGAUCAUUUUUUGACGCCUAUUACAGAUGUCACAAUUAUAAACUAACGUGCUGCGAAACGUGUUCUAAUUUGUAUUUAAAUCACGGUAUGCCAAUUCCUCAACCGGAAAACAAUGUUGGAAGUCAGCCGGCAGUCGGAGAAUGUGUCAGAAGUUGUCAAGGUGUACAGAACGGAAAUUAUCAGUCUUGUCGAGGAUGUCACAUGUAUGUGUCAUGUUACGAUAACGUGAUGUAUGAUGGUCGCCCAUGUCAAGCUAACCUCUACUGGUCAGACGACUUGAAAAGAUGCGAGUAUUCAUCAAAUACUUGUUAAGCAACUGUGUUUUAGGGGUACAUAGUGACAUAAACAUUUAAACAGAUAUGUUCCUUCAUACAUCAUUGUCAGUUCAUUUUACAAACUUAAGAAAGAACGAAAUUUCAAUUAUUUUAACUGUUAUAAAAAUGAGGUUAAUUGGUUAAUAAUAAAAGCUUAAGAAUUAUAUUGUAUGGCCUUGUCAGAAUAUGAUAAGUCAUUUAGUACAUGUACAUAUUUCUUCAUACAUGUAUAUUUUAAGCAUGUUGUCAAUUUCUUAAAUGGAAUUACAUGAAAAUAAUUGUUAUAAAUAAAUCUUGUUUAUUUUGUCAAUGAGAUAUUAAAGGAAUUAUUUAUAAACUAGUUACUUGUUCGUGUAGAAUGUUAUCUAUAUAAAAGUGUGUGUAUAGUAAUAAAUCAGAACCUCAUGUCAUUUGUUUUUGUACUUGUCUGUUCAGAGCUUGGAUACUUUAUAUUUAUAUUCAAUGCUGUUACUAUUGUUCUUAUGGAAUAAAGGAAGAACUGUA